AAAAAGGUUGAUUCACACCUAAAUAAGCGCAUAGCUGACUGCUGCACAGUGACGUCAUUCGCGUAUCUCCGUUAAAUGGGCGAUCGACAGUGUACCAUAUUUCGUGCACAUGUUCCUUACAACGUGUAUGCUGCUAUAGGCAAGUUAGUCGCACGCCUUCAUUGCGCACCGUAGAAACUCGGGCGAUGGAAGACGGCCGUUGUGUCUAAUAAGCCACUGGUAACAGGGGGGCGGUAACUGGGCAGGGUACGGUAGUGUGAGAAUAAAGAAGGCGUUUUGGAGGUGUGUCUGGAUGGUCACUCACGUUAUUUAGCGCAAUUCGUUCGAUAAAAACCGGAGAAAAUGGCAGAAAAGUUGAAAGAUGUUGGACCAUUGGUAGGUGCAGUUGACCAGGGAACAAGCAGCACACGAUUUUUGGUCUUUUCCAGUAAAACAUCUGAAUUGAUUGCUCACCAUCAGAUAGAACUACAGCAGACCUUCCCCAACGAAGGGUGGGUUGAGGAGGACCCUAAGGAGAUCCUCUCGACUGUCAAGGAAUGCAUCAACGAGACGGUGAAGAAACUGAAAGGUCUUGGAGUCGAUCCGGCCGGUAUCAAAGCUGUAGGUAUCACCAACCAGAGAGAGACGACCAUUGUAUGGGAUAGGACAACGGGGGAGCCCUUGCAUCCUGCUGUCUUAUGGUUAGAUGCCAGGACAGCUACCACUGUAGAUCAGCUCGUAUCCAAGACACCAUCCCAGACCAAGGAACAUUUACAACCCCUAUGUGGACUACCUCUAUCAACGUACUUCAGUGCUGUGAAGGUCAGAUGGUUACUGGACAAUGUUCCGGAGGUCAAGAAGGCUGUCGAUGACGGGAGGUGUAUGUUUGGAACGGUUGACUCCUGGCUUACAUGGAACCUAACAGGAGGAUUGAAUGGAGGUCUCCACAUAACAGACGUGACCAAUGCUAGUCGUACAAUGCUCAUGAACAUUACAACAUUACAAUGGGACGAUGAACUCUGCAAAUUCUUUGAUGUUCCUAAGACUAUUCUUCCAGAGAUCCGAAGCUCAGCUGAGAUCUAUGGUAGCUUGGUUGAUACAGCCCUCAAGGGAGUGCCUAUUGGAGGGAUUCUUGGAGAUCAGCAUGCGGCAUUGGUUGGACAGUCUUGCUUCAAGAAAGGCAUGGCUAAGAACACAUAUGGGACUGGCUGUUUCUUGAUCUACAACACCGGAGAGGAGAGGGUUUUCUCUAAGCACGGUCUCUUGACGACGCUUGGAUAUAAACUGGGGAAAGAUGCUCCUACUAUCUAUGCACUAGAGGGAUCUGUGGCAGUAACAGGCGCUGCUGUGAGAUGGUUAAGAGACAAUUUGGGUAUCAUCAAAACAGCUGCUGAAGUAGAGACGCUUGCUAAGGAGGUAGAUAACAAUGGCGGUGUAUACUUUGUUCCUGCAUUCUCUGGUCUCUACGCUCCCUACUGGGAGGCCGAUGCAAGAGGAACUAUCUGUGGUCUAACUCAGUUCAGCACCAAGGCCCAUAUAGCUAGGGCUGUUCUAGAAGCAGUCUGUUACCAAACAAGAGAGUUGUUAGAUGCUAUGGACCAAGAUUCGGGCAUUCCACUGGAGAAGCUGAGGGUUGAUGGAGGAAUGACCCAAAACAAUCUCCUUAUGCAGCUACAGGCAGAUACUCUCAACAUUCCUGUUGUACGACCUUCGAUGCCAGAGACCACAGCUCUAGGCGUUGCCAUGGCUGCAGGCCAUGCUGUAGGAGUAUGGAAGAUAGAGGAUGCCUCGGCGGGUAACACGGAUACCUUCACACCUGUCAUUGAAGAAGAUGUUCGAGAGUCGCACUAUGCCAAGUGGAAGCUAGCUGUUCAGAAGUCUAUGAACUGGGAGGGGCACAGUUACACCCCUGCUACCAAAGGUUCUACUUGCAGCCUGCCCUCUAUCAUCAACACCCAGACAGUCACUGCCAUUGUGACAUCAUCAGCCGUUCUACUGGCUCUUGCCUACUGCCUCAAGAAAUCUCUCUAACUCAUUGCUUCAACAUCAUUAUAUCUAUAUAUCAUGUAACAGAAUGUUAAACCCUUCAAGGACACCCUAACAAAUCAUCAAUGGAUCGUAUCUUUCAUGGUUCCUUGCUGUGGCACUUGUGUCCUUUAGCAAUGUGAUUGCAAGAUACCCAGGCGUUUCAUCAAAACCUAUGGUGGGAUGUGUGUUUUCAUUGUCUUGCAAAUAUUCUUGAAAUAUAUGUAAUAAUAUAUCAGAUUUGUAUGGUGCCCAAUCAAAAAAAUUGGACAAAAAAUAGAUAAAUAGAGUAUAUUGAAGUAAGUUUUUUUUAAUGUGAUUUCCUACCUGUGAAAAUGUGUUUGGUGCAUGUGAUUUUUAUCUGUUUUGUGUAUUCUGGAAAAGUCAGGACCAAAUAUGAAUAUUGAUAUUGAAUUUUCUAGAGAAAUUAGAUCAUGAUUGAAGAUGAAUGUAUUUAGAUUUUAGAUCUGUUUCAUGGACAAUUUAAGCAUCUCAGAACUGUAAUGAAUGUACAUGUAUAUUAUGAGGUAAGAUUUCAAAUUUUUCAGACCGAUGAUCAAAUGGAUAACUUUGAUAUAUACAUGUAGGCUGUGCCUUUACAUGUACAUGACACAGUGAAGUACAAUACCUCAAUCACUUUUCUACUUUUGACUUGAAAAUCAUGCAUUUACAUCACUACUUAAUAAUAAUUUAUAGUAAUAAUGAAAUGGCAAUAAUCUGGAUUUAUAUAUCACUUGAUAAGAUAGAGGUAUUUAGAGGUAGACCAGAAUACUCAGUUGAAAGAGAAUAUACUAAUAAUAAUAGCUCUUCUCAUAUAGUGUAUUUCAGGACCCCAGGCCCUCUCAAUGCAAAAUGUAGUUGAGGUGCAAGUAGGAAGCAAAGAAACAAACUGAUAGAGGGAGAAAGAGGAUAGGAGGUAUGUACGAGAAAGAGAUGGAUAGAGGGAUUAAGUUAUGAAAAACACAGAAA